AUGACUAGCUCCUUUUUCGUACGGUAUCUCCUCCAGAUCGGAGCCAAUCCAAAUAACAAGAUUGGCAGAAGUGGGAGGAGGUCACUUGCAACGGCAGUGCUCUAUCUCGACCUUGGAGCAAUCAAAUUGCUUCUUGACAACGGCGCGGAUGCCAAUACGAGGCUAGAAAGCCUGAUUUCGUUAGCCUUAGAAGCCGCGUUCUAUUACCGUUUCUUGCGAGACAUGCCUGUGUUGGAUGAGGUGCUACUUCUGUUACUACGGGCUCGAGCAGCAGUUGAUGAAAGAGCUGAUGGGGGCUUACAAGCAAUGCUGGAGGAAUUUGAGGUAGGAAUCCAAGAUGAGAUCUAG